GUACGAUCUCUGGGACGACCCAAGAAAGAGAGGCUUACGGGUCUGAGUCCAUAACGGAUUCCCUGGGCUAUCUCAUAUAUGUACUUCAACAGUGCAGGUUCACAGUUCCUUGAAAGUGGAGUCUUAGGUAGACAGAAGAGUGAAGAAGGGUUGUGAAUCAAAUUCAAAUAAGACAUAAGAUCUGAUUAAUUAGAACUGACAGUGGGGCAGUCUGUGAGGUCUGUAGAAUGGUCUGCAAGAACAGCAAGCGUUCACAAGAAGCCAGCAAGCUCGGGGCUGGGCUUCCACAUUUUGGUGGCAGCGGUGGGAUCCCAACGGAAGGCGGCUCCUGGUGACGGUUGAACAGGAUACGGUCUUGCCGAGGCGAGGUGGACACGGGCCCAACUAGGACGUGAGUAUACCGUUUGGGACUCGCGACUAGUGUCUCCCCAAGCCAGGGGCAGACCUAGAUCCAACUCACCGCAGCAGGAACUGCUACCGGAUGGGAUCCAGAACGAACCCAUGAACAGCCUUUGAAAGGAACCACCACCGCGCUGGGAGCACUAUAGAAGGUGCCACUAAGGAAGGAAGACUGAAGGAAAGUGAAACGAUGAAAACUACCCUCUUCCUCUUUGGCCUCUGCCUAACAGCGACAUGGACAUCAACGCAGACCAGUAACACCACCAGCGGUGCACCUCCCACUCUCCAAGGGCCUACAAGCAACUCUAGUGCAGUCACCGCGGAUACUUGGAUAAAAACAGGCACCCCCGCGAUGACUUCACAUUCUAUAGAUGUUACUACUAAUAUGACUAAUGAUUUUGUGAGUUUGGCAUCAAGCAUUGUUUCUGGUGGCCCCAAUGGUGCUGUAAUAGCCCCGAGGGACUUCGUGAGUACUAUGAGUAACAAAAUAACUACCAGCAUCCACCCAAUGAGUUUACCACUGCCCAGAGUGACAGAUACCCAGUCUAAUAAAAUAAGAGAGUCCAGUCAGGCCCUAGCUAUCCCUUGCAACCUUACCGGGGAUUGGUGGAUAUGGAAACAGGAGAAUAGCAUAACGCUGAAUAACAGGCCCCACUAGAAUAGUUCAGGUCAGAUUGAACGUCACGUGUGAUCAUCAUGGCUCAGAUAACAGUGGGUUUAACCAGACAAUUUGUCCCUUGAUCGGCUUUCCCGAUUACUCCAAUGCCACUUUUAACUAUAGCAGCAUAGUCAUCCAAAAUAUUGCAUGGUCACAGGAUUGCGUAGAGCAUUUGCAAAACUUAACAGGACUUAGACAGUGGUGCCCUGAAUAUAAUAUCACAACUCUGGAUGCCAGGACGGAAUGUCCCCAUAAUAUAACAACUCAUAACACUGGCACCUGCCAGGAAGUAAUGUAUGUGUGCCUACGCGGAAAUGGCACCAAAUCUGGUGACACCUAUACGCACCUAAGUGAUACACGCACUUGUUGCCAUGCCUUUGUGAAUAAUACAGCAGCGGACCCCAGAACUUAUUUGUUCAACUUUCCCGGUUGCUUAGAGUCCAAAAACCUCGCCCGCCUACCGCACCGUUUCCUUGAGACCCACCGAAAGAAACGAAGCGAUCCACCGAGAGCAACGAGUCUUAUCGGCAACACCUUUACUGGCUUCCUUGAAAAAUUAAAAAAUCAUCUUGACAAUCAGACUAAUGGAGGAAAGAAUACCAAAAUAGUCUGCGUCCCAGGCCCACACUCGGUAGGGUCCGGAUUCCUCAUGAUGGCAGUCCCUACGAGUCAGGAUGAACUCUGCAGUCUUACCUAUAAACGUACCCAACAAAUCCCAAAGCUUAUUCCCUAUAGAGACAUUUCUGACCAGUAUCCAAUCCAUUAUGGUUACCUCAGGCGUUGUUAUAACACUUGGCAAGUGAUACCGAAAGGUUUUGCAGUCGCGGUGGUGCCGGAAUUUAAAUGGUGCAUUCGCAGUGCUACAGGAACGCAUGACAUGGGGGACUUAGAAGACAACAGAUGCCAGGAAAUAAUAUAUCAGGACGAAACCGAGUCAGACCCCUUUGAGGGCUUCCCAGAAGACGAUUGGGACCAGUGUGUUAACGAAAAGCCUCAUCCCGUUGCACCUACAAGCCGCAUGGGUGCUGUCCUCUUUCAUGCUAAACACAGCAUUACGCCUGCACUUAACGGGACAUUUUGGUUAUGCAAUCACACAGCCUAUGAAUACCUACCCAUUGAGUUUAAGGGCACCUGUGCGCUGAUAUAUUACCUCCCAGCAUUCCGGUUAUUGAAUUCAACCCCAGAAGUUAAUAGCGAGUGGAAGAAGUGGCACGACCUUAAUUCAAAUUACAAACCUCAUACUCGAGGCCAGAGAGACCUGUUCCACCAACAGUCAUUUUGGAGCAGAUUCUUUGGCGCCCUUCUGCCCAAUUAUGGGGUUAAGCAAGCCCUGGACCAGAUCCGCGAUCUCAGCCACGAACUUGAGGCAAUGGCCAGAGCUGCUGUGGAUGCCCUGGGUCAUUUGGCACACGAACAGGUUGCCAUACGAAUGGUGGUCUUACAGAAAAGGAUGGCUUUAGAUUAUCUCCUAGCAAGCCAAGGGGGAGCAUGUGCAAUUAUUGGCCCUGAGUGCUGUACCUGUAUUGAGGAUGAGAGCUCGGCUGUAUAUAAUGACACUUCACUAAUUAACGACGUUGCCACUAGGGCAUAUGAUCUGGACCACACAGUCUCAGAUGAGGCCUGUGCCUGGUGGAAUCUACUAUGUCAGCUGCUGGGAUGGCUAAACUCUAUUGGGCUGGACAUUCUCUCCAUUCUGGCCAUCAUUCUUGGCAUCUGUAUUUGUAUCCGAAUCGCUUGGGCCCUUAUCAAAAGAAGUUGUCAGACUUGUCCCGAACGACGCCGACGUGACAAAGAGUCAAGCCCGAUAUGGACUGAGAAGGAAGGGCUGAUAUCUACACUUUCGACUGAUGACGGUUCAGAUGUAGAAACAGGCAAGGAGUUUGCCCGACUUCAACGUAUUAUAAAAUGAUAAAAAGGGAGGAAUGAUAAGUUGGAAAUAAACACAGUGACCAUAUAGAAAAUGGCGCUCGGCAUGUCGGUUAAAAUGGUCAAUGUUUGUGGGGCAUUGGCUGUACUGACCGACAUGCUGAGCGAAACACAAACUGCUAACACAGCAACUUGUAAGGUUCCCUGAAACAAGCUGAAUAAACAAGUCCGUUCCCACAUGUCCGAAAAUGGUAUAGUACAUAGCACCAGGUCAAGGGGCAGUUACCAGAAGGGUGCUGGUGCCUAAAUGUCUAACUUUAAAACAAUGCUGAUGUCUUAACUAAAGAAGGUGCUAAUAGCUUAUCUUCAGAAAAAUGCUAAUGUCUUAACUUGAGGUCUUAACUUAAGUCUGUAUGUCGGACUUAGAACAUUCCUGAUGUGUACUUUUACAUUUAAGUAUAACUUGAUUAACGUACUUUGUGAUAACCCCGUGACACGGGAAACUGUCUUGCGUGAGAACUUCUGUAUAAAUAUGACAAUGUUCCCAAUCGAAGGCGAGCAACUACUGUCUAGCAUCCGGCGUGGGCUAGCGUGGAUCUGCUCCCAAGUUUGUUUGUAUACGUGUAUACUGGCAAUCUUGAAUAAAGACAGUACUGUUGACGCUAUUAA